AUGGCCCCCUCGCACCCACAACAACACCCACACGAGAGACCGUACCGACACACCAUACGGCCCACCCUGCGAGGACCCGAUCGUUACGAUGGCGCCGAUGACCGCCAGAUACAACAGGCCGGCCGAUCAGCGACUAACCUGAAUGCUCAGGCCUCAGCGCAGACAUUUCGGGAAGCCUCGCGGCCCGGCUCACGGGACAAGACCUCCAAAGCCCCAUCACAAUCGCCAUUGGACACCACCAACAUCUCGAUAAGCACAUUAGACCUACCGCCAUCACCACCCACACAGCAAUCCGGAACGCUCUCGCCGUAUGCCCCCACCGUACCCUCGCCGCUGAACCCAACGUCCUCGCACACGAGCAGCAGCAAUGAGAGCAGGAAGAACAGCGAUGACACUGUUGCCAGUAGCUCAGAACAAACUAGCUCGAGGAGCAGGGGUACAGGACUGGCGGCGGCAGCACCUGCUAGUGCUUCGAUCGCACCAUCUGGUCAACAGACUCCAACACAGCCCUUGCUGCAGCCAGAGAUGUCCCAUCACGGAUCGACUACUAGCCUGACCCAGCAUUCCACUCCUAGGUCGGUGCGAGAUCUUGGAUCAGACUACACUCGCUACUUCAACCCAUUCGCUACGCACAACAAUUCGCAGCAAGAUUUAUCUGCGCCCCUGCCACGAAACAAUUCAUCAUCCGCGCUGCAUCCCAGUGAUGCGAUUUCACCUGCCGAUCUCCACAACCGUCUGUCGAAUCCAUUCAAAGAUGAUAAACGCGCCUCGAGUACGUUUGAAUCGGCAAACAACACUGCACCCGGCACGCCGCAGCUGGUUGGGAGUCAAGAAAGGCAGCAAAAGAAAUCGCCGGCAGUUGGCGUGGCCGCUGUGCCAGUCAGGACUGGGACGCCUGCUUUUAUCAGUAACGCUGAUCCUGAGAAGGUGCCUUUUUACCCCUGGGUGGACGACCGGCUGGGUGCCCCAUCCAUUUUCCCGCUGUACUCGGAUCAUAAAGAGGACGACGACGAUAUGCACAUGCCUCAGUGGGAUGACGAUCGAAAGUACAAGCCCACGCUGAAGGAACGGUUUUCGAAAGAGAACAUUGUCAACACGAUUGGUAUGAUCUUUCUGUUGGCAGGUCUGAUCACCAUCUUCAUUGUGCUUCCAGUAGUCUCCUAUACUGGAACAAGCUUGAUUCCGUACUCAUACGAAACACCUCUGGAUCAGAUGCCUGGGUACGGCGACAAAGAGAAUCCUUGGGCACAUGUGAACGACAACGUGUACCCGCUGUUGCAGAACAUCCGCACUGGCCUCAUUGACCCUGACACUCCUGAUAGUGCCAAGACUCGCACAAGCGUCGACGGCGACGAGAUGGUGUUGGUGUUUAGCGAUGAGUUCAACGCACAGAAUCGGACCUUUUACCCAGGUGAUGAUCCCUUUUGGUUCGGGCCAGAUCUCUGGUAUGGCGCUACGCAGGAUCUGGAGUGGUAUGACCCUGAUGCUAUCAACACAGGUGGUGGCACUUUACUGCUUCAGCUCGAUGCGUUCAACAAUCACGGUCUGAUGUAUCGGUCAGGCAUGCUCCAGUCGUGGAACCAACUGUGUUUCAAAGGCGGCGUAUUUGAGGUUUCUAUGAGUCUCCCAGGUCCAGCCGGCGUUCAUGGUCUUUGGCCUGGCGUAUGGACGAUGGGCAACCUCGGACGUCCAGGCUACCUCGCUACCACAGACGGCAUGUGGCCCUACACCUACGACAGCUGCGACGCUGGCAUCACCCCAAAUCAGUCAAUGACCGACGGGACGAGCUACCUUCCUGGACAGCGACUGCCGAAUUGUGUUUGUGUUGGCGAGGAUCAUCCAACUCCUGGAACUGGCCGCGGCGCGCCUGAGAUCGAUAUUGUCGAAGUCAGUGCGGACUGGGGAGGGAAGGGCUUUAGUGUGGCCACUCAAUCGUUCCAAGUCGCACCUUUCGACAUCUUUUACUAUCCGAACUACGCAUUCAUGGAGACGCCCAACUACCAGUUCAGCUUCGUCAACACUUACACCGGUGGUCCUUUCCAACAAGCCGUCUCGACCACCACGAUGCUGAACAAUCAAUGGUAUGAUGGCAAGGAGUACCAGAAAUACGCAUUUGAGUACGUCCCGGGCGGCACCGAAGAUUCACAUAUCACGUGGUUCGUUGGAGACGACGAGAUGAUGAAGUUCGAUGCCCGUGCCGUUGGACCGAAUGGCAAUGUCGGGCAGCGCCUGGUUUCUGAAGAGCCCAUGUCAAUGGUCCUGAAUUUGGGUUUCUCGCAUAGCUGGGUCAACAUCGACCUGGCUAAUCUCAAGUUUCCCACUGUCAUGCGAGUCGACUACGUUCGUUGGUACCAGAAGCCGGGCGAGGAGAUGGUGACCUGUGAUCCACCAGGUUAUGAGACCACCGAAUACAUUGCCAAUCAUCCCGAGGCAUACAACAACCCCAACCUGACACAUUGGGAAGAUUCCGGCUACCAAUGGCCGAAGAACACUCUCAUGAACGGCUGCAAUUCAGCAUAA